AUGGAGGAUCAGCGCAGGCCGAGUCAUGCCGCGGGAUAUCCAGCCUCGGCCGACACCAAGCGCGGCGGCAACGGCUGCCGCCGACACCGAGGGCGGCAGGGCACUGGCUGCCGCAAGGCGUGCCCAGCGCCGUCUCGGCCUCAGGAAAAGCCAGCGCGCACCAAGAGAAAUCCGGCCUCUGCCGACAGUAGAGCCGCCGGUCCUUCGCCGCCGCCGACGAGAAGUUCGGACGUUCCGCGGGACAUUCGGCCACAGCCGACAUGGAGGGCCGCCGGCCCUUCGCCGCCGACGAGAAGUUCGGACGCGCCGCGGGAUAUCCAGGCUCUGUCGACACCGACGGCGGCAGGGCGCCGGCUGCCGCAAGGCGGGCCUAGCGCCGUCUCGGCCUCAGGAAAAGCCAGCGCGCACCGAGGAAAUCCGGCCUCUGCCGACGGUGGAGGCCGCCGGGCCUCGCCGCCGCCGACGAGAAGUUCGGACGUUCCGCGGGAUAUUCGGCCACAACCGACUUGGAGGGCCGCCGGCCCUUCGCCGCCGUCAAGCGGGACUAGCUCGGCCGUAGUCUCGAUCGGAAGCCAGCACUCGCCGCGAGCCAUCCAGUCCCGGCCGGCCAGCAGGGCCGAGAUCCCCGCCACAACUCCGGCCGCAGCCGGGCUGCUUGUUGGCGGCAGAGAUAGCGCCUCGGCAGGUAGAUCGGCGAUAAGACGGCAGGCGAGGGAAGAGCAGAAGAGGAAACGCCAUCUUAGUAGUGGGCAGGCCGAGCGGAAACGCGCCCGGGUCGGUGAAAGGGUGCCGAGACCAAGGGAGCUGCAGGCCGAGGACCUAGCCAGCGCGCUGCGGCACCUCGACGAGGAGUUCGAGGCGGGCGAGAGGCUGGCCAACGAGCAGACGUGGUGUGCGCCGGUGCCGCGCGAGAGGCAGGUGAGGACGGUGCGGAAGUUCUACCGGGCGUUCCACGACGCUGGCACGCUGCCGAUCGCGACCUGCACGCUAUGCUACCGGAAGCGGGCCAAGGGGCUGAGGAGAUGGCGUGGGAGGGUGGGAGGGUGGUCGCGGGCGGUGUUGGGGGGGCGGUCCCCGUUCGGGUGCCAAGCCUGCUUCCCGGAGGGCAGGCCGGUGGCGGUCUGCGCAGAGUGCGCGCGAUGGGCCGGGCGUGAGGGGGCGUCGCCGGCCAUGCACCUCCAUGGGCGGCUCGGCUGCGAGCACGCGUACCCCGACGAGCUAAAGGACCUCACGCCGCUCGAGGAGAAGCUCAUCUCGCUCAACUCGUGCUACGGCUUCGUGACGAAGUAUAGCAUCCCCGGCGGCCAGAGGCAGAGCGUGAGGUACCCGAGGCACGUCAAGGGCCAUAUCACGGUGUUCCCGAACGACGUGCAGGGCCUGGCUGCCAAGGUGCUCCCGCACCCGCUGGUCCGGGUCAUGGACGAGAUCCACGUCUCGUGGCAGGGCGCUGAGAGGCCCGGGCCGCGGGACCUAUCAGGCCUGCUGUCGGAGAACAACCCGCUCUACGGCGAGGUCGAGAUCGACGCGGCGGAGAUAGCCAGCUGGGGGCGCCGCCGCACGGUGCCGCCGGUGACGGCGCAGGUGGUGCCGCCGUCGGAGCGGGCCAUGGACGACGGAGGCGCGGCCGAGAUCGAGGAAAUCCUCGCGAUGCUAAGGCAGGGCCAGGACCCCGCCGAGGGGAGCCGCGACGUCGGGCUCACGUGCGAGGACGACGACAGGGACGGCGCUAGGCCCGAAGAGGACGGGGACGUAAUCAAUGAGGUAACGUCUUCCGGCAUGUUCCCGUUAGAUGGGGCGCCAGAUGAGUAA